GUAAGAAGAAAAUGUGAGUAGUUGAGAACUUGUACAUAGUUCACCUACUCUUCCUGAAUUGGUGCACUAUUCCAUCUGCAUGCUACUUCUGUAUAUAAAUCAUAGGGAAAAGGAUAAUUAGACAUAAUUAGAGCUUGGAAAAAUUCGAAUACAAGAUUAAGAGAAGGCAUGAUGGAGAAAGAUAUCGAAGAGCCAAGAGUUUGUGUUGUUGAUGCUUCAACUUAUGUUGGAUUUUGGAUACUCAAGAAACUACUCAUCAAAGGAUAUAGAGUUCAUGCAGCUAUCCAAAAGAACGGGGAGAAAGAGAUAAUCAAGAAAAUAACAGACUUACAGAAGACAGAGAAAGGAUUAACUACAUUUACAGUGGAUAUGUUGGAUUAUCAUAGCAUUCUUGAAGCAGUGAAGGGCUGUUGUGCUUUGUUCUGCUGUUUGGAUAGCCCAUUUCAAUAUGAAGAGAAAAUGGUGGAUAUGGAGGUUAGAGGCGCCAUUAACGUGGUGGAGGCAUGUGCACAGACAGACAGUAUAGAGAAGAUUGUGUUUACUUCAUCUUUAACUGCAGCAGUAUGGGGACAAAAUAUAAGUUCGGAUCACAAGGAUGUCGAUGAAAGGUCUUGGAGUGAUCAAGAUUUUUGCAGGAAAAUGAAGCUGUGGUAUGGUUUAGCAAAGACACUUUCUGAGAAGGCUGCUUGGGCUUUAGCCAUGGACCGCAUGCUUGACAUGGUUUCAAUCAACCCUGGUCUAGUUAUUGGUCCUGCUGUUGCUCAACAAAAUUCACAAGUAACAAUGUCAUAUCUUCAAGGUGGAGAACAAAUGUCUGUGAAUGGAGUUCUGGCCUUUGUUGAUGUAAAUUUUCUAGCCGAUGUUCAUAUUCGAGCUUUCGAAGAUAGAUCAACAAUUGGCAGAUAUUUCUGCUUCAAUCAAAUUGUGAACUCAGAUAAAGAAGCUCUAAAACUCGCGCAAAGCUUGACUCCUUUAAUUUCCAUACCAUCCAGCUAUAAUUUGGAAGAGAGUGAAGUAUAUGUUGAGAGAUUAAGGAGCACAAAACUUGGCAAGUUGGUUGAAGGCGCUGCCUAUUAGCAUUUUAUUGUCAAUUUGAGGACUUGGUAUAUUUAUGAUGGCAGUUCUCCAAAUCUUGAUAUUCCCAUUUAGUGAUUUGAAUCUUGUACUCAAACUGAAAUUAAUUACUGAUGUAAUAAAGCAUCCCCAUUUCUUGGUGAAAA